UUUUGUUAUAUUUUGAAAAAACGAAAACGAAAGUGAGAAAAUCGCUCACCAUGAGUGCGCAGAAAAAUCGGGGCAUCCUGAAGGACAAAAGCUUCCAGAGCCUGGGAGUUUCAAAGACGACCUCCUUCAACGAGAUAAGUCUGAUGAGCACCACAGAGCGCGCCGUGCGUCCCGAGAUGUACAUGGACCACGAUCCGAAGUCGGCCCGUACCAGCAUCAAUAGCUUAUCCGCGGCUAGCUUGGCCGAGGAGCUGAAGAGGGUGUCGGAGAGCAAUCAGUUCAACUUCGACAUCGACACGGAGGAUGAUUCGUCCGACGACGAGUACCUGGUUUCGGAGACACUCCUCGAGCGGGUGCAGCGACUGGAGUUCGAGCGGCGCCGCUCCCUGCACUACACGGAGUUUCGAACUGUGCAGCUGGCGCGUCGCCUCAUUGCGGAGGAGUUCUCCACCUCGUCGGAGACCGUCGAGAGCGAGCAUGUCCGCAGCUUCAAGAGCUCGAGCUGUGAUGCCGAGGAGUGUCCAUCCGCCGAAAGCAAGGAGUCCGUGGGCAACAAGAGCUUGGAGCAAAUGAUAGCCGAAAAACUCUUCUUGGAGACGCAGCUCGCAGACCAGGACGCAGAGCCGGAGCCAGAGGUCGAGUUAGAGCAAGGAUUCUCGCCCUCUCAUCCCUGCUAUCACAAGCUGACAGCCAAAGACACAGCCCUGCCGCAGCAGGAACGGACCUCAAAGUCCAAUAUCGUUCCAAUUUAAGGUGCGGCUGGGCGAUCGAGAGUCCCAUGCGUUGCGGGGAGCAGCUGGGGCCAAUUUCUUCUUUAAUUUAUGCCAGUUACAACGGCUUUUGCGUUAUCAGUUCUACAUAAACGCCAAGGGGGGUCGAUCAUACAAACAUUCUAUAGUCGUAACACAAAAAUAUCACCCUCACUUUUUAAUCAAAAUAUUUGUACACAAAAAAAAAAAUAAAUAUUGGCAAUUUUGUGCCA